AUGCCGGAGCUCCGUGAGCUUCGAGCAGCGCACACGUGUCGAAGCUUAUCAAAUUGGCAGGUUGAUAUCGGACAGAGAGCACCUAAUGAGCAGAGUGAGAGUGAAGAAAAAGAGCGACAAAGACGUGCUCUUUCAGUUGAAAGGGAAAGGUGA